AAGACACAUCUCAGUUAAGUUGCUGUUCGCUUCGCCAAAUCGACCUCAUGCCCGAAUCAUCUGUAUGGCAGUACUGUCGCAGGUCUGGCAUUAAGUUGGUGAAUAGUUUACUAUCAUUUUCAACUGUGAAGGAGAUGUAUUGAAACUAGGAAUCAUAGAUUUUGGCAAGGUUCUUCUAAUUUCUAUUUCUAAAUCUAAAAAUAUGUAGAAUGGACUAAUAUUAGAACCUCAAAUCGAUCUGAUAGAAUAACUCAUUUUUCAUAUGCAAAAAAAAAAUCAUGGCGCAACGUUCAGUUUACUAUUGCUAUCAGUGUGCAAAUGAGUUGUGCACAAAAUCACUAACGCUAUUGCCACAUUGCGCGACUGGCAUUGGCUGCUUCAAAUCUGAGAUUUGGAAAACAGGAAACAUCUUAAAUUUUGCACGCGGAUGUAUCACUGCAUCGAUGCAAAACCAAAAUAUUUGUAAUAAUAUACCAGAUGCGAAUACUGCCAAUAAUGGUUAUGACUGCUGUGAAGGUCAUUUCUGCAACGACGGUCAUUUUGCUAAUCCAUUAGAGACUAAUGCAGCGUGCUAUAACUCCUGGAUUUAUUUACUACUCAGUUUAAUGUUAUUAUUUGCCUUUGGAACUCUUGGAACAAUGAUCGUGACUAUACUCAAACUAAACCAGUAUGAGAAUCAAAUACUUAAUGCAAGGCGAGAAUUCCAAUUGAAACAGAUGGAGUCUGAAUCAGAACAGAAUGAACCCGAAGAGAUUUGUGGAGAAUUCGAAUCUACAGUUUGAACUUCAUAUUUUUGGAGAUAUAUGGUAUGUGCGCUUUAGACCUUGAUUUAGGAUAUGAAUCCUUUUUUCGAGUGACUAGCGAUUAAUGAACGAGAGCCGACAACCGAGAAGUACUAAUUAAAUGCUGACAAUCGAGUACUCCGGAACUUCCAUCGUUGGUAUAUGGAUACAAUAACAAAUUCGUUGGGAUUUCUGAUUCAAACUUCUUGACAAGUAUCAACGCAUCAGUCGAUUCAACAACUUAAGAAGACACUUUUACAUCUUGAAAGCAUUAAUUAUUUAUUCUACUUUGACGAUUAUUUCAUUGGGAAAAUAUUUUUAUAAACAUUAUUUUUGACUCGAAAAGACUCUUGUAAAUCGUAUUUCUUAUAUUAUCAAUAUUUUUUUGAUAAACUGGUAUCUUACCAUAUAUCUUCAAUUUGAAUUUUAUUAUUACCGAAAAGCAUAUUCCAACUUAUAAUUUCAAUAAUCAUUGUCGUCUAAAUAAUGCAAAAUAUUCUGUAGUAAUUUAAAAACAAUCAAGUUUUUAUCGAUGAAUGUCAAAAUCUAAUUGACUGCACAUUGUGAUUUGCAUAAAUCUAUAUUAAAUUCAAUAUUUAAUUCAUAUUCAUUCAAUGUGAUUAUAAUGAAAUAAUCACAUAAAUUAUGAAUUAUAUCAACUUUUAUUC